CUGGGGACCCCCCGCCCGGGAUAUUCCAAAGCCGCGUUAAAGGAGCCGGGAGAGCGCCAGGAGCAGCGCGACCACCGCCGAGGGGCCCCAGGAUCGCUCUUCCUGCAGAAUUCCAAGGAUUUCCUCGCCAUGACUCUGGCCGCCUACAAGGAGAAGAUGAAGGAGCUGCCCCUCGUCUCCCUGUUCUGCUCCUGUUUCCUGUCGGAUCCCCUCAACAAGCCGACCUACGCCUACGAAGACACGGUGGAUCUGACCUGGUGCGUGAUCUCCGACAUGGAGGUGAUCGAGCUCAACAAGCGCACCUCGGGCCAGUCCUUCGAGGUCAUCCUGAAGCCUCCGUCCUUCGACGGGAUCCCGGAAUUCAACGCGUCCCUGCCGCGGCGCCGCGACCCUUCCCUGGAGGAGAUCCAGAAGAAGCUGGAAGCGGCGGAGGAGAGGAGGAAGUACCAGGAGGCGGAGCUGCUGAAGCACCUGGCGGAAAAGCGGGAGCACGAGCGGGAAGUGAUCCAGAAGGCCAUCGAGGAGAACAACAACUUCAUCAAGAUGGCCAAGGAGAAGCUGGCGCAGAAGAUGGAGUCCAACAAGGAGAACCGCGAGGCGCACCUGGCGGCCAUGCUGGAGCGCCUCCAGGAGAAGGUCUGUUCCCAACCUCCGCACGGAAAAUCCCACCCUCACCACCUCCAGCUCCCUCCAAAACAUCCGGAGCCCGCCCAGUGCCCUUCUCCGAGCGCCUCCGUUGGGGCAGAGGCGGAGAGCGCCAGAUAAUGCCGGAAAAUCCCAGCUAAUCCCAGCUCCAUGGGGCUUCCCGGGACGGUUGACGUCUCCCUCGUAGCCAGAGGGCGAGGACAAAGUGUCCCCAAGUGCCACCAGCAGCCCUUAAGUGACCCCAGGGGAGGAGAGAGGACGCUGGUGACCCAUCCGUGGCGUCCCCCCGGGAUGAACCUCGUGCCUUCAGCCCCUCCGGCGCCGCUGUCCGUGGGGAUCCCCGGAAUCCUGGAACCCGGCUAACGCCUCUUCCCCUCCUCCUUCCCCCCCUUCCUCCUCCUCUUCCUCCUCCUCCUCCCCGAUCCCGCAGGACAAACACGCGGAAGAAGUGAGGAAAAACAAGGAGCUCAAGGAAGAAGCCUCCAGGUAAAGAGGCGCUGCUGGGACUGACAGCUCCGGGGAGGUGCCGGAGGCUUCCGCAGCUCCAGGUCGGAAUGGUGUGGGAAUGGCGGACGUUCCUCUGCUUUCUUUGUUCGUGGAUGUGGCGAGUCGAGGGGUGACGCCGUCGGAGUCGUCGUCGUCGUGCCGGGGGAGGGUGGGGAGGGAAGGGAUGGAGGGCGGGAUUUGGGAUUCCCAUCCCACCACCCCGGGUGGGUCCCGCCCGUCAGCCAGGUCCGGAGGGGUGAGGAGGUGGUGCCCGGGAGGAAAUCCCGGGAACACGGAGCGGGCGGGGAGGGAAUUGUGGGGAAUGUGCGUCGUGUGUGACUUUAAUUUGGUGCUGGGCAGGCGGGGCGGGCGGGAAUCCCUCCGGAAUCUUCUCCAUCCAAUCCCAUCCCAUCCCAUCCCACCCGUGGGCAUCUCUUGGUGUCCCUCCCUCCCUUGUUCCCGCCCGGAUUUGGGAUCUCUUCCCGGAUCUGGCGGGUUUUUUUUGCCCUUCCAGCACCGUUUUGGGAAGGGGGAGAAGUUUCCCCUCCGUUGGAGGUGGUCAGGGAGUGAAAUUCCCUUGCUCCAAAGGUUUUUUUUUCCGGCUGUUGGAGACGCCCAUGGAUCCUUCCCAAUUGGAAAGCCCCAUGAAUUCCCAAAGAGGCUUUUUUUGUAAAAACCUCCCCCCCCAAAAAAAAAAAUAAUCCCGGUGGGAAUUCUUGGAUAAAAUCCCCCUUUUCCGAGCUGGAAAACCAUCGGCUCCCGGAGAUGGAGCAGCAGGAGAAACCAGGGCGGGGGUGUGGAGACCACGAUGGAAGGGAAUGAGGGAAAAUUUGGGAAAAAGGAGUUGGGAUGGAGCCCUGUGGAAAGCAGGGAAAAAUAACCACGGGAACCCCUUGGGGACAGCGGUGGCACCUCCUGGUGACACCAGGGAGGGUGGAAACCCCCCGGUAUUCCAGAUUUAUUUUUUUUUUUUGGGAACUGCUGUGCCAUUCCUGAGGGAUCUUUGCCUCCAGGAAGGGCGGGAGAAGGAAGAUUGGAUUUUCCAAGGGGGGUGGGAAUUCCCUUCCAUUCCCAGUUGCCAGCUGGAAGCGUUUCCCAGUGGCAACACCAAAAUUCCAACGCGGAUGUGAACGAAGGGUUCGGUCUCCGCAUUCCCGGCUCCGAUCCGGGUCCGGAGGGAAUCACGGCUCUUUCCCGGUGCCAGGAGAUGCCCACCCUGAUCCCGGAGCCCCGGGAGAAUCCUGGGAAGGGGGGAAAAAAUGGGAUUGGGGUCGGAUCGUGGCACGAGCUGUCCCUUUUUUUUGUACACAAUGGAUGUAAAUAAAACUGCCUUGGCCUUUCCUUUGGUUUCCAUG